AUGGCAGUGCCACUGCGAAGCUCGACGCAGGUGUCAUCUGAGCGCUUCGAAGAGACCAUCUCCGGCGAAAAUCGGAUAGAAGAGCUGUCAGGUUCAGAGCUUGGAUCAGAAGACGAGUACGAAGACAUGGGCACAGCAACUCCCGAGGAGCAGGCGAAUAUUGCAUAUUUGGACAGCGUCCGGAUACCGAUAAAGGAGGAUCUGGCAACAAGCACAUCAAUAACCCAAGACGAGACGCUCAAAGUCGUCCUGCCGUUCUUGGAGGGGAACCCCAACGACUUCCCACUGAACUCACACGGUAUUUCACAACUGCAACGAAAGAGGCAUGUCGUGUACCUGGAAGACGCGCUGGACGAUUACCCGUCAGGAUAUGCUAUGAUGGACGCUUCACGACCUUGGAUCAUCUACUGGGCUCUGCAGGGUUUGACUGCAUUGGGCGAGGACGUGUCUGAACACCAGCGAAGAGUAGCACACACUUUUUCGCUAGCUCAGCAUCCCGAAGGUGGCUUUGGUGGUGGUUACGGUCAAUACGCACAUAUGGCAUGCUCAUAUGCCGCCACGCUUUCGAUGGCAACAGCAGGCGGCGAGGCAACAUACGAAUCGAUCAAUCGCAAGACGAUGUGGCAGUUCUUGGGCCGCAUGAAGCAAGCAGACGGAGGUUUCACCAUGUGUCAAGGCGGAGAGGAAGACAUAAGAGGUGCAUUCUGCGCGAUGGUUGUUUUGUCGCUGCUCAACUUGCCUCUUGAGCUGCCCAAAGAUGCACCAGCUCGUGGACAGGGCCUCACAACAUUCACAGACAACCUUGGCGAAUGGGUGUCAAAGUGUCAGUCUUGGGAUGGUGGUAUCUCUGCCGCACCUGGCAACGAAGCUCAUGGCGCCUACGCAUUCUGCGGUCUCGGUUGUCUCUCCGUCCUAGGCCCUCCAAAGGAAACUUUGAAUAAGUACCUGAACAUCCCGCUCUUGGUCCACUGGAUGUCAUCUCGUCAAUGCUCACCCGAGGGCGGCUACAAUGGACGCACUAACAAGCUCGUUGACGGAUGCUACUCACACUGGAUUGGAGGCUGCUGGUCGCUCGUCGAAGCAGCAACGACGACCGGCAUCUGGAACCGCGCGGCACUUGGACGCUAUGUUCUUGCUGCUGCGCAAGAUAAGAAGGGUGGCCUGCGAGAUAAACCCGGGAAGCGCUCCGACGCUUACCACACUUGCUACAACCUGGCUGGUCUUAGCGCUGCACAGCACCACUAUGUGUAUGAUGAGGGUGUCAACAAGGGUCUUGGAGAAGUCGGACUCGGUGCACCAUUCCGCUGGAAGGUUGGAGGGAUAUAUCAUGAGGAUGCUAUUUGGGAUUCGAGCGACGUUGUGGGGAAGAUUCACCCUGUCUUCGUCAUCCCAUUCAGAGCUGUGUUCGAGUGCAGGAAAUACUUCGAGGACAAAGAAAACUUUUAG